AUGUAUGGAUUUAGUAAUUUAUACAGAUCAGUUGAAGAAAAUGAUGAAUUAAAAAGUGAUAAUGAUAUAUUUGGAUACGAAAAUAAAGAAAGUAAUGAAGUUAAUUUAAAAAAUCUCUUUUCAGAUAAAAAUAAAGAGAUAGAAGAUAUGCAAGAUAAAAAAAACAAAUAUGAAAAGAAUAAAAAAAAUGAAAGAAAUGAAGAUAAUGAAGAAAAUCAAGAUAAAUUAGGUGAUAAAGAAAAUAUAAAAGAAAAAGUUGGUAACGAUACAAAAAAUGAAUUAAAGGAAAAGGGAAAAGAAAAACAGGAAAUUACAGAAGAAAGGAAAAAAGGUUUAGAUGCUGAAGAAAAUAAUAAUGUAAAUUCCGUAGAAAAACAAAAAAUAUACAAUAUUGCACAUAAAAAACAAGAUGAAAUUACAAAAUAUUCAAAAAAUUAUGAAAAAUUGAAUAUAAAGGAUAAAGAAAAUAAAGAAGAUAUGGGAGAAAAAAAAAAGAACGAAGUAAAAGAAAAAGAUACAGUAGAACAAAAAAAUAUAGAAAUAAUUAAUCAAGUAAAAAAUGAGCUGAUAAAAAAAAAUGACGAAUUAAAUGAAGAUGAAAAUAAGGGAAAUAUCAAAUAUGAAAAAGGAAGAUAUGAAAAUUUAGUAAUGCAACUAUCAGAUCAGAAAAAUAUGAAUUUAAUUCAAGGUAUGAAUAAAAAAUUUACGUUUCCAUCUUUAUCACCAACUGAUGUUCUUAUUCCAGGAAAGGAAAACGAAAAUAUUACUAUGUAUCAUUUUAAUCCUGAAAAAUUCGGAUAUAAAUAUAAUAAUGGAUUAAAACCUUCAGAAGGUUAUUUACUAAUUUAUCCUCAUAUAUCACACAAUUCUAUACCACCAAAAAUAAAAAAAAAAAAAAUAGGAUGCUGUUAG